AUUCCAACAGACAAUCUACCGUCUAUUUCUGCCCCUCCGAGGAUAAUAUUCCUAUAAUUAUCUCGAACGACGAAGAACUUGCUAAAACUAAAUACUCCAGAACCCAUUCAAGUUCUUUAUACAUUUAAAAAAAAAAAAAAAAAGCAAAAGCAAUUCAGGCGUUUGCAGAAAAUCCAUGGAAAGUGUUUUACCUUCUCUGUUGAAGCAAACCCUUUUGCUUCUCUUUGCCAUUUAUCUCCUCUUACCUUCAGUUCAAGCCACUGAUGUGAAAUACUGUGAUAAGAAAGGCAACUAUGCUGUAAAGAUACAUGGAGUUGAUAUAUCACCUGAUCCUGUAGAAUCAGGGAAUCCAGCCACCUUUAAUAUCUCAGCUUCUACUGGUCAAUCUAUCACUGGUGGAAAGGUAUAUAUUUAUGUUAAUUUCUUUUCGGUGCGUGUACAUAGUGAAACUCAUGAUCUUUGCGAAGAGAUAUCCUGCCCAAUUGCACCUGGCAGCUUUGUGCUAUCUCACACCCAAACUUUACCUGGAUUCGCUCCACCGGGCUCUUACACACUUAAGGUCCUAAUGAAGGAUGAAAAUGAUCAGGAACUGAGUUGCGUUUCCUUCAAUUUUAAAAUCCGUUUUGGAACUCUCCUCUCUGAUAAUUGACUGUCAACUGUCAACAUACAAGCUCUGUACUUCAUUCUGGGUUGCAGGCUACUCCAAUGAGGACUGGAUGUUGUUUCUUCACGAUCAGUUUCCUUUGCUUUUCGUUUUCCAUUAAACAACGGAAAAUACAUAUGUAUAAACAUGCAUGUAAAAAGAUUUGAAUGUGUGUGUUGUAUGCCUUAAUGGAAGUAAAUUGCUAUCCCAGCUUGCUCUUUACAGAUAAUUUAUAUGGUUUUCGUAUUUGCAGAUGGCAUCA